UCUCUCUCUUUCUCUCUCGGAUACAAGAUGCCAAUUUCAGAGUUAUCUUCUGGUAAUAAUACUAAGAAGUUAGUUGUUAAGAAGCUUUUCGCUAGACAGCAACACGAAGGGUUUGGUGCGGUUGUAAGAAGAAGCAUCGGAAGGUUUGAGUUUAGGUACUUGGACCCAUUUCUUGUUUUGGAUGAAUUCUCAGUUUCAGCUCCUGCAGGGUUCCCAGAUCAUCCACACAGAGGAUUUGAGACAGUCACUUACAUGUUAGAGGGAGAGAUUUUGCAUGAAGACUGUGAAGGACACAAAGGAGUAAUAAGAGAAGGAGGAUUACAAUGGAUGACUGCAGGAAAAGGCAUUGUUCACUCUGAAAUGCCUUGUUCUAAUUCCAAUGGCGUUACUCACAACAAGGGUUUGCAACUUUGGAUCAAUCUCUCUUCUAAACAUAAGCUAGUGGAGCCGAGUUAUCAAGAGAUAGAGAGUAAAGAUAUAGCAGAAACAGAGAAAGAUGGUGUGAGAGUUAGAGUCAUAGCAGGAGAAUGGAAUGGAGUUAAGUCAAAGAUUUGCACAAGAACACCAACAAUGUAUUUAGACUUUACUCUCUCACCGGGUUCUAGAAUCUCUCAGCCCAUUCCAGUCCAUUGGAACGCGUUUGUAUAUGUUCUUCAAGGCCAUGGCCACUUUGGGGAUUCCAAGAUACAACACUCAGCCGCUUCCGCCCACCACUUGCUGGUUCUAGGCCUAGGUGGUGACUGUUUGGAGGCUUGGAACGGUUCUGAUCCCGGUAUGCCACUUCGGUUUAUCCUUGUGGCUGGUGAGCCUAUAGGUGAACCAAUGGUUCAGUUUGGUCCUUUUGUUAUGAACACACAAGAAGAGAUUGAUCGGACCAUUGAUGAUUUUGAGAAUUUUAGAAAUGGUUUUGAAAACGCUAGACAUUGGAAGUCUCAAGCUGCUUCUGCCUUGGGAUUGUUUUGAAAUCAUUUUGCCUCUAUAUUUGUUUUAAUACUUCGCCAGUGUUAUUGUUUAUCUUUUUUCCAUAUUCAUUUUUUUUUUUAACUAUUCCUGUUAAUCUUUCCACAUCUAUCAAAGAAAAGUUGAACCA